AUGAAGGCCUCCAUGUCUCGCCAGACCUAUAACACCAAAGGGGGCUUCAGCUCUUCCUCGGCCUGUGGCAGCCGUGGUGUGGGUGGCACUCACACCCACACCACCGUCAGCUCCAUGACAGUGUCCAGAGGUGGGAGCAGGCUUGGGGGUAGCCCCAAGACUAGCUUUGGCAGCCACAGCCUCUACAAUUUGGGUGCUAACAAGAGCAUUUCUGGCAGUGUGGUUCAGAGGGCUGGUAGCUUUUUAGGUCUCGGCACCAUGAGGUCAAACUUUGGGGCCUCCUGCCCCUCUGGAGGCAUCCAGGAGGUGACUGUCAACCAAAGCCUGCUAACUCCCCUUAAUGUGGAGAUUGACCCAGAGAUUCAGAGGGUGAGGAUGCAAGAGCGGGAGCAGAUCAAGACCCUCAACAACAAGUUUGCCGCCUUCAUUGAUAAGGUACGAUUCCUGGAGCAGCAGAACAAGGUAUUGGAGACCAAGUGGGCCCUACUUCAGGAGCAGGGCCAGAGCACCAAGCUUCCUGAGGGUCUGGAGCCAUUCCUUGAAUCACAAAUAAACAAGCUUAGCAGACACCUGGAUACCCUGAAGAAUGAGAAGGAGAAGCUGGAAAAUGAGCUAUGUAAUGUGCAGCAAGAUAUGCACAACUUUAAAGACAAAUACGAAGAAGAAAUCCACAAGCGAACAGAAGCAGAGAAUGAAUACGUUGUCCUCAAGAAGGAUGUUGAUUCCCAGUACCUAACAAAUGAGAGUCUCGGGGCCCAGGUCUCAAUACUGACUGACUACGCGAAAUUUAUUGAGGUUUUCUAUGAUGCGGAGCGGGAAGGGACCCACACCCAUACUUCUAAUACCAAUGUUGUCCUGUCCAUGGAUAACAAUCGAAACCUGGAUCUGGACAGCAUCAUCGCUGAGGUAAAAGCCCAUUAUGAGGAGAUCGCCAAGAAGAGUCGAGCAGAAGCAGAGUCCUGGUACCAGACCAAGUAUGAGGAGCUCCAGGUGACAGCUGGGAAGCAUGGGGACUGUCUCCGGGACACCAAGAAUGAGAUCGCUGAGCUCACCCGUGUCAUGCAGAGACUGCAGGGGGAGAUCGACUCAGUAAAGAAGCAGUGCCAGGAGCUGCAGACAGCUAUUGCCGAUGCGGAGCAGCGUGGGGACAUGGCCAUCAAAGAUGCGCAGAAGAAGUUGGGAGACCUGGAAAAGGCCCUCCACCACAACAAGGAAGAGCUGACCAAGCUUCUGCGGGAUUACCAGGAGCUCAUGAGCAUCAAACUGGCCUUGGAUAUGGAGAUUGCUACCUACAGGAAGCUGCUGGAGAGCGAGGAGGGCAGAAUGUCUGGAGAGUAUCCCAAUGCUAUUAGCAUUUCUAUGACCGGCAGCUCGACUACCGUGUGUGGUGGGGGCAGCCAGGCAGUUGGCAGUGGCAGCUUCGGGGGUGGGUUGUCCUUGGGCAGCGGUGCUGGAGGAGUGAAGGGGAGCUAUGGCUCUUCCAGUGGCUACACCAAGGCGGGGCCUAGUGCUGGAGGAACCUCCAUCUUGAAGAAGAGCACAAGUACCACGAUCAAGUCAUCCAGCCGGAGAUAUUAA